AUUUAUGAGAUUCACUAAAUAAAGGAUUUAAAAUACCGAAACGUCAGAUUUAUGAAGAAGUUUAGUAAAAAGUAACAAUGAAUAACUCUGUGCAGAACCAAACUGGUGCGAACUGGAGAACGGAAUCAGUUAUCAUUUCUCUGGUCUUCUCGCUCAUCUUCUUCGUUGGUACCUUGGGGAACGGAUUGGUCCUCACUGUCCUCCUCUGGAACGGACAGAUGAACACCAAAACAACAAACCUAUUUAUUCUGAACCUCGGCGUGGCAGACCUGUGCUUUAUAGUGUUCUGCGUACCUUUUCAAGCCACUAUCUACACUAUGGAUGAAUGGGUAUUUGGACCGUUCUUGUGCAAAGUCGUACACUUUAUCAUCUACCUUACCAUGUAUGCCAGCAUCUUUACGCUCACCGCUGUGUCGUUGGACAGGUAUCUGGCCAUCCGCUACCCUCUCCGUUCCAGGGAGAUGAGGACCCAUCGUAACGCCCUGACGUCCAUCUGUGUGGUGUGGGGUUUGUCCCUGGUCUUCUCUGGCCCGUACCUGAGCUACUACCGACAGAUGGACCUGGACGGCACCGUGGUUUGCAUCCCCGCCUGGCAGUUCCAGGACAGGCGCCUUAUGGACGUCUGCACCUUCUUCUUCGGCUACCUCAUCCCUGUCCUCACCCUCAGCCUGACCUACGCCAGAACCAUCCGCUACCUGUGGACCACAGUGGACCCCAUGAAGGACAUGUCUGAGUCCAGGAGAGCAAAGAGGAAAGUCACCAAGAUGAUUAUUAUCGUAGCAGUGCUCUUCUGCCUCUGCUGGCUUCCCCAUCACCUGGUUAUACUGUGUAUGUGGUUUGGUCACUUUCCGCUAAACCACACCACCUAUAUACUCCGUAUUCUCUCUCACCUGGUGGCCUAUGCUAACUCCUGCCUCAACCCUAUAGUGUAUGCCCUGGUGUCCAAACACUUCCGGAAGGGAUUCCGGAAGGUGUUUGACUGUGUGUUGAGUAAGAGGGUGGUGAACCGGGUGCAUGUGUUUCAGGCGGCGCAUGUGGUCAGCACGGUAGAGGUGGGGUCCAGUGAGACGUCCAAUCAGAGCCUGGGGUCACAGCGAGGAGAUAGUGCCGGACUAACCACAUCUGGGGCCCUGGGCAAGAAGAAUUUGGAGGCCCCGCUCAUGGCAGUGGAGAGAUUUUCUUUUUAAGCUAACUUCCUGCAAUUCCAACCUGGACUCAGGGGUAGACCUAACAUAGUAAAUCGGUCUCCCUCAAUAUAGCAUGAUAUGUUAAGUUUCGUAUGGAAUGUAUUAAUUUGUGAAUCUCCAUCACCCAUUUUGUAUGAUAUAUUACAAAUUGCAAUUCGUAUGAUAUUUCACAAAUGUAAAAAUAAAUGUGGCUAAUGUUAGCUAGGUGACUAGUUGGCUAAUUUAAACUAGGUUAGGGGUUAGGGGUUAUGGUUAGGGGAAGGGUUAGCUAACAUACUAAGUAGUUGCAAAUUAAUAAAUAGUUGCCCAUGAUGUGAACCUUUGCAUUGCUAGAUGUUUGUGUUAUAUCCCCACCCAUCACCCCGACCAACUUCCCACCUUUUGUUUUUAGCUUAGUAACGUUAUGUCUUAUGUAACUAUACCAAACGUAACAUAUCAUACUAAUCAGAGUGUCACAGAUUUACUUUUACUAUGUUAUGUCUAGUCUUUGAGGCCAGGCUAACAAUUCUAAACAUUUUGCCAUAGGGCAGAGAGAAAAAUAUGCUGUUUAUAGAAAAUUGCUUGCAUUUCUACACUUUUUGCCAUGUGGCGGAGGGAAAAUGUUGCCGUUUUAAAUUAGAUUUCCUACUAUUAGAUUUCCUACUGAUUUUUGAGUUUUGAGUUUUAAAGCAUAUUUCUUCUUAUUCUAUACAGUACAUUUUGUCAUUGGGCUGAGAGAAAAUGUUCCCGAUUUAAAGCUAAUUUCUCUUACACCUUAUGUUAUCUGAUCAGGGCAGGCUCUAGCCUUUUGGGGGCCCUAAGUAAGUUUUGAUUGGGGAAUAAUAAUAAUAAUAAUAAUAAUAAUAAUAAUAAUAAUAAUAAUAAUAAUAAUAAUAAUAAAUAAGAGACUGUCCAUGAAACAAACUGUCAGUGAACAGUCACCUGCUGAGGAUGAUGCUACUGAACCACAAAAUGUUUGCAAUACUAAAUUCAACAUGUAAAUACUUAAGGGACAGUUCAAAAUGUACAAACAUUUUCACCUUGUACUGUAAAAUUGCACACCCUCCUCCCUCAUAGAAUUAACUUAAAACAAUGUUUACGACCACACCAUAAAUAACAAUACAUGGAUAUCGACUUUUCUACUUUAGUGUGCUUGAUGCCAUCCAGAGCUGCGGGCCAAAAGAUUGAGGGUUUGCUGUCCACCAUGGAUGAGCUAACUCUCCCUGCCUGUUUCAAUAGAACUGCACUAUGAUCAAAGUUGGCUGCAGACAAUUAUCAGAUAGGUGGAAAUCAGAUUUUACAUUUUGAUGCUAUAUUCAUUAUUAUAUAAAAUAUAUGCAACUAAUUUUCCAUCAACAGGUUUCUAUGCCACUGUCUGCACAGUUUGGAUGCUGGAAAAAUAUUUUGGUGAACAUGCGCAGGUAGACUACAGGAGACUUUUGAAGUAGCCUAAUCAGAUUAAAACAUUGUGACUGGUUGUGUUUAUGCCACACAUAAAAUUACAUACAUUUUAGAAGUUAAAUAACAAAUAUUUUGUCUAUAUUGAAGCAUUAGGUGCACAACUAAUACGAUGGGAAGCGGAGUUAAGCUUUUCUGAAUAACUGAGCCUGCUGGGAGCAUAUUAUUAUAAGACAACUGAUCGAAAUGGAAUGAAAUAAGCAAUUUACAGAAUAUAGUAGAAUUUUGUGCACACUUGAAAAAAAUAAUACAAUUAAUUAUUAAUUUCCCCUUAGGUGUUGUAGGCUAGUCUGGGUAGCCUUGUCCCUCAACAAGAAGAAUUGAAGAAGAAAACCAUCCUUAGAAUGGAAUCGGAAUUUAGAAUUGGAAUUUAGACGGUCUGAAUUGGAAUUGAAUUGGAAAAUAAAAACAAAAUUGGAAUGGAAUUUGAAUAAAACAUUGUAAUUGUGCAAAUUCCAUUUACUGGAUUAAAUGCAUUUAGCAUUGAAAUUGAAUGCAGAUGUUGUUUAAAAUCAAAUAAAUAUAAGUAUUACUGUUUAUAAAUAUAUUUUUUAUUUUGGUCCAAUUAAAGUGAUAGUUCAGCCAAAUGACAUAUUCGUUUCUUUACCAUUAAGCAGUCUAUGAACUAUGUCAUUUUGUCGAUGCAUUUUAUAUGGAGGCAGAAUUUGAAUUCUACUAAUUUAUUGUUUACUCAAUUAUUGCAUCUACAACAUAUACAUCUACAACGUAUGCCAUUUAGCAGAACCUUUUAUCAGACGCAAUUUACAGUGACGUACGCAUACAUUUUUUACCUAAGGGUGUUCCCGGGUAUUGAACCCACUAUCCUGUCAUUGAUACCAUGUUGCUCAGUUGGUAGAGCAUGGCACUUGCAACGCCAGGGUUGUGGGUUUGAUUCCCACGAGGGACCAUUACAAAAAUAUAUGCACUCACUACUGUAAAUUGCUCUGGAUUAAGUGUCUGCUAAAUGACAAGUAUGUGGCAAGAGCCAUGUGCUACCAAUUGAGCACUGCAACAUUCUGUAUUGCUUACUUUUAGACUUGGAAAAAUACAUUAUAAAUGACGUCAGGCGGCUGAUUAAAAUAAUUCCCAGCGUGCUGUUUUGCUGGUCUAUUUUUCUAAUUAUUUGAUUAUAUGUGUGUGGUUUUGGA